GACCUGAGUCAGAGCUGGGGAAGGCGCUAAAGGCAGAGAAUCCUAGAACCACAGGAUGGUUUGGGCUGGGAGGAACCUUAAAGCUCAUCCAGUGCCACCCCUGCCAUGGCAGGGACACCGUUCCCUGUCCCAGGCUGCUCCAAGCCCUGUCCAGCCUGGCCUGGGACACUUCAGAAAUGGAGCAGCCACAGCUUCUCUGUGCCAGGGCCCUGCCACUCUCACAUGGAGGAAUUUCUUUCAAAUGCCUUUCAAAUAUUUCAGUUUGGUCCCUGGUGCUUGCUGCGGGGCUCAGAAAGGGACCCAGCUCAGCCUGAGCUGAGCUUUGCUGUCACCCCAGCCCAGAGCUGGGCCCUGCUGCCUUUGUGCCUCUCCCCAGUUCCCGUGGGCUGGAGUAAGAGACAAAAGAUGGGUGAGAGCAGAAGGGCACAGAAAGAAUCCUCCAGAGGCAGCCCUGCAGCCCAGUGACCCCUUCCUGACAGAGAUUUCGGAAGGCAGAGCUCCCGUUGAGGCACUUAUGCAAUAGGUUGUUACCAGAGGAAGUUUCUCUUUAACCCCAGGCAGUUGGUGGUUGAUUUAUGUCCUGCAGCUUUAGAUUUUCUAGGUUGCAGUGGUGUUGCAUAAGAAGAUAAUUUGACCCCGCAUUUCUUAAAGCCUUUUUUUUUUUUUUUUCUGGGGAUUGUCUCUUUCAUCUCCUCUCAUGUACCUGGAGAUGUAAAAUGAAGGACAGCAGCUUGUUUUAAAUCCCUGAGUUUUCUCAGAGGUGGGGUUGGGCUUGGGUCUUCCUUCACGCCAGGACUGGACACUUUUCCUUGUGAGUUUUGUGCCCAGAGUAAGAGCAGCUCCAUCACCGUCUGUGCCUUUAAUUUCUCCUGCUCUCUUCAUGCACCAGGCUGCUUCUGCUCCUAGGCACUAAACACAACAGUGGGGAAUACUCCAGAAUGGGAUGCAGGGACGGACUGCAGGGACAAUUUGGAACCGUCUCAGCUGGUGCAGAGAUCAGCCCUGGGCCCCGUCCAGUGCAGGCCUUUCCUGGGGAAGAGCUGGCCCCGAGUGGGAGCGAAUUCAUCUCGUGGCAGGGGAGACAGACACACGGCUCUCGUGCCUCAGGGCAGCUUCCCUUGGGCUCUCUCCUGAUUUGCCAUUUGCCUUUAACCUAAACUAAAAGUCAUUUAGACUGAAAGCCCACGUUAGUGUUUGUGAACAGAAGGGCAAUUACAGGGAGAAAACCAAUUUCCCCAUCCUCUGAACCACGGGGUCCUGCCAGCAGAAGGACCAGCCCAGGUUCUCCUCCUCCAGCAAGGAGAGCUGGGACAAUUCCUGCUCUUUUCCAGCCUCCCCUGGUGGAAACCCUUUGCACUCACCCUGGCAGAACUGGGGGGACGGUGACCCCUUUCUCCUUCCUUGUCUCAGGAAUCUGAGCCGUUCCCGCUCCGGGUGGUGUCUGUGGGAAAUCUGAGCUGAACUUCUCGAACUGAGGGAUUUUUCCCAUCCUGGGUGAGUGUGGGUGGCUCCGAGGCUGCUCCAAUUUUAGCCUCCACACACCACCCAGAUGUUAAACCGGGCAUCUUCUGCAUCUGUUCCCGGGAUAUUCAUUGUCCGGGAAUCCCCGGGUGGCCGAUUGUGCCAGCGGGAGCUUUCAUGGAAACAGCCCAUUUUUUUUUUUUCCGUGGCAGCUCCAAGUGUUUGCAAAAAGCUGGUAGAGCCCCAGGAGCUUCUGGCAGCUUCAUUUUAUUUUGAAACCAGUCAGUCCCCAGCUGGGGGUGAGAGUAAAACGAAAGGAUGCGAGAUGAAGGCGCCGGUGCAGCGAGCGAGGGCAGCCCGCGCCGGGGCCCGUCAUUCUGAAACCAGGCAUGGAAACUGUGCCGAGGAGAAAAGCUCGAGAGCAGGGCUCGGGCUCCUCGCCACACGCACCCCGAGCACGCCGGAGAGUGCCUCUGCCUGGGGACAGUCACGUGUGGCCACGGGAGAGCCACGGGAGCCUCGAGGGCAGCGGCCCAUGAGCGGCGACAACAAAGCUGCCGUGACCCCGUGCACCUCCCCGCGGGUGCCCCAGGCCGUGCCCAUGGACCUGCGGAUCGGGCAGCGCGUGGUCAAGCCGCAGGACUCGGCGCUGCUGGCCCUGAAGCAGCAGCAGCUGCAGCACCAGCUCUUCCUGGCCAGCCUGCACCAGCAGCAGGUGGAGCAGCUCGCCCACCAGCACGUCAGGGUGGCCAUGGAGUCCCCGCACCGCGAGGCUGAGCCGGGCCAGCAGGAGCAGGAGCUGCGCCAGAUCCUCAACAAGGACAAGAGCAAGCGCAGUGCCGUGGCCAGCACGGUGGUGAAGCAGAAGUUGGCCGAGGUCAUCCUGAAGAAGCAGCAGGCGGCUCUGGAGAGGACCAGCAACGCCCCCGCUGCUGCCCUGCCCUACAGGUCUCUGGAGCCCCUGGAGCCCGAGGGUCCCUCCCCUGCCAUGCUCAGCACGUUCCUGUCCCCCGUGCCCAGCACUUCUCUCGACACCCCCGAGCAUUUCCCGCUGCGGAAAACAGCGUCCGAGCCCAACCUGAAGGUUCGCUGCAAGCCCAGGAAGUGCCUGGAGCGGCGCAAGAACCCCCUGACCCGCAAGGAGAGCGCCCCGCCAUCGCUGAAGAGGCGCCCGCCCGACGCCAUCGACUCGUCCCCCAGCAGCAGCAGCACCCCCGUGUCGGGCUGCAGCUCUCCCAACGACAGCCUGCCCGCCGAGCACGCCGCGCUGCCCGCCGCCCCCGGCGUGGCCCACGAGACGCCGCUGGCGCAGCGGCUGAUGAUGCAGGAGAGCUCCCUGGCCCAGUUUGCCCUGCAGAGCGCGGCCUCCCUGCCGGCCAUCACCCUGGGCCUGCCGGCCACCACCGGUGCCAGGGCCGAUGCCGAGCGCCGGGCGCUGCCCAGCCUGGCUCACCGGGUGCCGGUGCUCAACGGGCCGGUGCUGCCGGGCGCGCACUCGCCCGUCUUCAUCCCGGCCAGCCUGGAGCAGCACGAGGCCGGCAGCGCCCUGGCGCCCCGGCUGCAGCCCGUCAUCAUCCUCGAGCCCUCGGUCACCCACGCGCCGCUGGUGGCGGUGCCGGGCCUGGGCACGGUGCCGCUGUCCUUCGCGCCGCCGCUGGUGCCCGCGGAGCGCCUGGCGCUGCCGGGCCAGCACAAGCCGCUGGGCAGGACGCGCUCGGAGCCGCUGCCGCCCAGCCCCAGGGCCGCGCAGCAGCACCUGCUCUUCCAGCAGCACCACGCGCGCUGCCUCGAGAGGCUGCAGCAGCAGGCGCACCCGGGCAAGCGCUUGGCCAAGUCCAGCGAGAAGCCGCGGCUGCGGCAGAUCCCGUCCUCGGAGGACAUGGAGGCCGAGGGGAGCCUGCCGGAGGCGGCGGCCGAGCCCGGGGAGCCCGGCCGGGCGCGGGGGGAGCCGGCCCGGCCCGGCAGCGGCGGCAAGGAGCCCGAGAGGACGCAGAAGAUGGGGCAGCCCCAGGAGGAGCUGCUCCUGCAGCAGGCCUUGCUGUGGGACUCCUUCCAGCGGGUGCAGCAGCAGCUCCUCAAGCGCCAGCCCUUGGCCGACCCCCCCGUGCUCCCCCCCGGCCACCGGCCCCUGUCCAGGGCUCAGUCGUCCCCGGCCACGGCCACCGUGUCCCUCCCUGCCCAGGACACCAAGGCGCUGGCCCUGCCCGUGCAGGAGCAGCCGCCCAAGCCGCACUUCACCACAGGGCUGGUUUACGACUCGGUGAUGCUGAAGCACCAGUGCUCCUGCGGGGACAACAGCAACCACCCCGAGCAUGCGGGCAGGAUCCAGAGCAUCUGGUCCCGCCUGCAGGAGCGGGGCCUGCGCAGCCGCUGCGAGUGCCUGCGGGGCCGCAAGGCCACCCUGGAGGAGCUGCAGUGCGUGCACAGCGAGCGCCACGUGCUGCUCUACGGCACCAACCCCCUCAACCGCCUCAAACUGGACAACGGCAAGCUGGCAGGGAUCCUGUCCCAGAGGACGUUUGUGAUGCUGCCCUGUGGAGGGGUGGGGGUGGACAGUGACACCAUCUGGAACGAGCUGCACUCGUCCAACGCCGCGCGCUGGGCCGCCGGCAGCGUCACCGAGCUGGCCUUCAAGGUGGCCACCAGGGAGCUGAAGAACGGCUUUGCCGUGGUGCGGCCGCCCGGACACCACGCGGAUCCUUCCACGGCCAUGGGAUUCUGCUUCUUUAACUCGGUGGCCAUCGCUGCCAGGCAGCUGCAGCAGAAGGGGAAGCUCAGCAAGAUCCUCAUCGUGGACUGGGACGUUCACCACGGCAACGGCACCCAGCAGAUUUUCUACAGGGACCCCGAGGUUCUCUACAUCUCCCUGCACCGCCACGACGACGGCAACUUCUUCCCGGGCAGCGGGGCCGCCGACGAGGUGGGCGCUGGCCCCGGCGAGGGCUUCAACGUCAACGUGGCCUGGGCUGGAGGGCUCGACCCCCCCAUGGGGGACCCCGAGUACCUGGCUGCCUUCAGGACCGUGGUGAUGCCCAUCGCCCACGAGUUCUGCCCCGACGUGGUGCUGGUGUCGGCCGGCUUCGACGCAGCCGAGGGCCACCCGCCCCCCCUGGGUGGCUACAAAGUCUCUGCCAAGUGUUUUGGCUACAUGACCAAGCAGCUGAUGAGCCUGGCGGGGGGGGCCGUGGUGCUGGCCCUGGAGGGGGGCCACGACCUGACGGCCAUUUGUGACGCGUCCGAGGCCUGCGUGUCCGCCCUGCUGGGCCACGAGCCGGAGCCGCUCCCCGAGGACAGCCUGAGGCAGAAGCCCAACGCCAACGCCGUGCGCUCCCUGGAGGCCGUGAUCCAGGUCCAGAGCAGAUACUGGGUGGCCGUGCAGCGCUUCGCCUCCAAGCUGGGCUGCUCCUUCCUCGAGGCUCAGCACCACGAGGCCGACGAGGUGGAGACGGUCACGGCCCUGGCGUCCCUCUCGGUGGCCGUGAUGGUGGAGAAGAGGGCACAGGAGGAGCCCAUGGAGCAGGAGGAGCCCAUGAACCAGUGACACUUGGGGACGGUCCCCGGGCGUGGCCGGAGCCCCCGAAGAUCCCAACCCCGUUUGUCCCCCUCGCUCCCGAGGCCCUGGGCAGGCCUGGACUCCUGGAAGGGACAUUCCCGCAUCCGACGGGACGGGACCACGGAGAGCCCCGGGCCUAAACCGUGCCCACAGCCCCUUCCCCCCCAUUUUGGGACCCCUCGAGGGGGGUGAAGCCCCCCAGCCCCGUGGCACUGACCCCCCCCAGUCCCGGGACGCUCCUCACCGGGAAGGGCCGGACGUUGGGAUGGACGCUCGGACCACCCUGGGGACGGCUGCCAGCGCCCGGCAGGAGCAUCCCGGGCUUUGCUCGCUGGGAUGGGAUCUCUGCGCCCUCCCCAGAGGUGCCCUGGCUCCCCUCACCCUGCUGGGGCACGGGGACGGAGCGGCAAGGCCGGGAGCUCGGGAGCAUCCCCAGGGAGGUCUGGGGCAUCCCAAGGUUUGGAGCUCCUGAGGAGGGUUUGGAGCACCCCAAGGAAACUUCUGAGCACCCCAAGGAAGGGUUGGAGCACCCCAAGGAAAGUUUUGAGUACCCCAAGGAAGGGUUGGAGCACCCCAAGGAAAGUUUUGAGUACCCCAAGGAAGGUUUGGAGCACCCCAAGGAAACUUCUGAGCACCCCAAGGAAAGUUUUGAGUACCCCAAGGAAGGGUUGGAGCCUCCCAAGGAGGGUUUGGAGCAUCCUGAGGAAACUUCUGAGCACCCCCAGGAAGGUUUGGGGCCUCCCCAGGAAUGUUUGGAGCCCCCCAGGAACGUUUGGAGCCCCCCAGCGCGGGCAGAGCGAGGCCGGAGCGCGGGCAGUGCCCGGGGGUCCCUCCUGCCCUGGCUGCCCCGAUUUGCACUAUGGACCCUGCCAGCCCCAGCGUGAACCCCACGGCUCUUCCCGGGGUGAUUUUGGGAACCUUCCCCUCCUGCGAGGUGCCUCGAGCCCCCUCCAGCACCCCGAGGCCCUGGGUGGGUGUGGGAGCAGCCCCCGAGCCCCUCCCCAGCCCAGGCUCCCCAAUUCCCACUGGGGAUCCCCCGGGUGCCCCAAACCCCUCGGUCCCGUCCCCGUCCCUGUCCUGGGGUGCCAGGGGCAGACCCAGAGCCUCCAACCCGACGCUUCCACUCCCAUUUCCCUUCUCCCACUUGCCCGGAACCUUCCCUGCAGGCUGAGGGUCCCCCCAGGAGCAGCCCUGUCCCGGGGCCCUGGGGACAGGGGGGACCCUGCCCUGGCUGGGCUGGGCGCGGGGGCGGGAGGAGAUUUUGUAUAAAAACAAAACAAAAAAAACAAAAACAAAGACAUUUUCAAAGAAAAAAAAAAAAAAAGGAAGCAAAA